AUCGUGUUUAUUUUAAGGUUACGUCUCAUCCAUGUUUUCACAUGAAUUUUUGUAAUGACUCAUGAAAACCUGCCUGAUAAAUGACACCUGUUUUGAUCCUGAGAUAGUUUUGUAUUCUUCACUCUUUGUUCAUAAGUUUCGUCUCUUGAUAAUUCUUUUGUUUUUAUCAGUUUUUAUGAAAGCACAUUGUUAUUGUCAUAUAAUGACAUUUAAGUGCCGGCUGAUUAUUAAAAACACAGUGAAAACUGCUGAACCAGCUCGUCACUAACGACUGUGGAGGAAGUCUAGUGGAAAAGUCUAAUAUUGGGUUUCUUAAUAUUACACAAAGCUCUUUAAGCUUCAUUAAGCUUCUGCUGUAAAGCAUAAAGAUGGGAUGUUUGUUCUGCAGGGAUGUUUUUCUGUGGAAGUAACUUGUUGACUGUUUUGCGCAGAGCGUUGUACAACUUUAGGCAAAUGCAGAUUAUAAUUAUUCAGGAAAACUUCCCAUGAAAGACCUAAAAAUGGCUGCCGUGAAACCCGUCCAACCUGACUGACCAUAUCAAACUACAUGAGAUUCAUUCAUUACAGGUUUGCCAGGAAGUCUGUUGAUUCCCCUUCCGUGUUCACCAAAUUUUCUCCACUUUGAAUUUUUCAACAACAAUCCCUUGUGGAACAUUUCCUCGUGGAUAGCAGCUUCCUGGAUCACUAUGUAAAUGCUCACUGGAUUUCUAAAUUCGCCGGACUAGUUUGUUUCUCAAUGUUCGUGUAGAGACGCUCACUCUGCCACCAUGUUUCUCUUGGUGCUGUCACUGCUGGUCAGCGGUUCACAAGCUUCACAUUUUCUUGGCACUAUGAUGACUUACUACCCAGGAGAAACUCAAACUAAUGGCUCUGUAUCAGUGAUCCUUCGCUACAAGCAGAAUUUUGUUGAGUGCUCACAGAGUGACACCUGGAACUGCAAAGGCAACUGUGGGUCUUGGACUCAGACGCUUCCAUUAACCAAAGUGGAGGAAGUCAGCGGUGAAUGGUGUCAGGCAGAAGGAGUCAUAACUCAUCAGCUUCCCAACAACACUGGAUUUCAGACUAAAUUGGAUGGCGGAGCGUGGAUAAACAACAUUUUAAACAAGAUUGUAUACUGGAGAGCUGUGGCUGCUGUUGAACUGAGGAACCGGUCCGACAUCGGCAAACCCAACACAUCACCACAGACCACCAUCCUCCCUGCUUUAAGAGUUCCUGUAAACUGCCCAAGAACCAUUAACUUGUUGGCCUUUGACCCUGACGGAGACGAGGUUAAAUGCAGAUAUGGAAACGCAACAGAUUCAGAGUGCAGCCCCUGUAACCCCCCGCUGGUCCUCAAUGUCUCCUCAUCGUGUUCUCUGACAUUCAGCUCCUCUGUAAGCAACACCAGUUCUGAGCUGCGUUACGCAGUCCAGCUGGUGGUAGAAGAUUUUCCCAGGCAGACCAUCACUCUGACUGAAACCGGCGGCUCACAGGAAGUGAAAACUACCAGCGACGCCAUCAGCAAGAUACCUUUACAGUUUGCCUUGAAAGUGAUUCCUGAGGUGCCGUCCUGUGCAGAAGGUUCCUAUGUGGCCAGAUUUCUGCCUCCCACCCCAGACAACAGAGCUCAGAAAUUCAUCCAAGUCAAUAAGGUGCUGGAAAUCAACAUCAGAGCAGAAGCAACUCAUUCCACCGUUACUGGACUGCUGUUCAGCGGGCCUCACAGUGUAUCUAAGAGUUCAUCCGGAUCAGGAAGCUUCACCCUGAGCUGGACACCAACCGCAGCAGAAAGUGGACAGAGCCACCCCAUCUGCUUUGUUGUCGAGACGAGUUACAACUAUAAUACCUACCACUCUGAACUCCGAUGUGUUGCUGUCACCGUUGGAAACUAUUACGUUGUGGCUCUGAGAGGACGGAUCUCAACUUCAUUAUCACUGGAGAACGAUUACGAUGCUCUGGUCAAACAGAUUAAGGAUGAACUGACCAGACGAGGGCUGCACACAGGCAUGAACGUUCGCCUCCACAGGACGGGUUGAUUUAAAUUUGGGACUCACUCUUUGUACUUCUGCUCACUGAUGCGUUUCCUGAAAUUGGGAUCUUUCGCUUUUUGCUACGUUAAUAAUCACAAAUAUGUUUUGUGAUUCAACAGAAAGAAGUUGAAAUCUGUCUGUUAUCCGCUGGAGAAGGAUCAAAUCUCCUUCCUGAGCAUUUAAAAAUAAUCUGGUGCAGACCAUGAAUGGAUGGACGGGUUGAUGAACAACUUAUUUGUUUUUAUAAUUAUUUGUGUUUUUAUAACUUUCUUCUAUAUGAAAUAAAGUGUUUUAGUGUUACUCAUAGUUUCAGACGAUUAAUGUCAUUUAAUUUAAAGACUCUUCACAGAUGAUCUGUUUCCUAACAAACUGUCGAAACAUGCCCAGAGUUUUAACAAAUAUGUAAAAAAAUAUUUUUUGUUAAAGUAAAACACUGAAACUUUAAUGAGGUAAACGUCAGAUGACGUGUGGCAUGACCUGCAUAUUGAAGUGGCACCAAUCUGAUUUUAUUUGGAUGAAAACAUUGGAACCGCACCGUUCAGCCUGACGUGUAAAAGUCAGAUGUGGGUCGCCUGCGGUGUGAACGCAGCAUGAGAAAUUCAACACAAGGAGUCAGUGGACUAACACGAAAAGACCCUAGUGACAAUUAUAAACAACAGAGAGUUAGCAGACUGUGGCAUGUUAAACCUGGAAAUGGCCAGAAAGAAAACACAAACACGUGUGGAUCAUGACACACGGUUUGCUGGUGACUCAAACGCAGCAUGGCAGGAAGAAAUCCUGCAGCAGCUGAGAGCUGACGCCUCCGUUUGGGUGGCAUGUUGUUCACCCAGCCCUGCACACCAACUGGAAAUGCAUCAAAUGUUGCAACUUUGGUCUCAAAUCCAACUGAGUCCACGGGACGAUCGGGUGUGAAAACGCCCCAAUCUGUUUGAACAGAUUACAGGGGAUCAAGCGACGCCGUCCUUCAUGCCGCCUGCCAUGUUUCUUGUGGAAACUCGAGACAACAGAGUUCAGCUCUAACAUGGAAAUCAGCAGCUGUGAGGGUGAUUUCCAUAGGAAGUCUGUCUGGUUCACACAGCCAAAAUUUGCUUAAUAAAAACAAAUGAUCAUAUAGAGCAAACCUUAAGGAAGCUGAGGCCUGGAGUUUGACCUUAUCUGGUGGUUCAUAAUUCCCAUCUGUAGUAAUUACAUUUACUUGAGUAACUUCUUUGAAAAUAUUUACUUUUAGGAGU